UAUUUCAAGAAAGAAGUCUUAAGUGGAUCUAAGGGGAACGGGCUGAAAUUUCUCAGGCUUUCAUCUCCAGAGGAAAGACACGAUUCUCGUUUGCUCUUGUCUGCACCACCUAGUUUGCUUGGAGGAUCGUCAACUGUGACUGAAAUUUGAUCGAAAGUAAAGAUGGAAGAUGUGCUAACUGAGAUCCCUCCACCUUCUAGGUUUUUUCAGGAUGAUCUUAACAAUUUUGCACCUCCUUCACCACCUGUUCCAUCUCCCUUCCUUGUGUUCUCUAAUCCUAAGCCUGAAGCACCUCUCCAUCCCUCGCUGCUCAUUGUAGCCAUCUCUUCACCAUCUCUGUAUGUUUUUCACCAUAUGUCCUCUAAGUCAUUGAUUGGAAGUCUUAUCAUCCCUGAAAUGCCAUUCACAGGGAACUCAAUUAAACCCUCUCUCGGGGACAAAUCGUGCCAUAUCUAUACUGUCAACAAUGCCAGCAAUUCAAUUCUUCUUGUCUCUGUUCAGUGUCCUAUCUCUGCUGAGAGAUCUCACCUUGUUGCAUCAUUGUUAGUUGGUGGACAAAUCAUUCCUGAGAGAGUUUUGAUAUUGGAUUCAAUCCGGAGUCAGAACUUCAGGGGUAAGCUUGAUCCUGAUGAGACAUAUGCUUUCAAGCUGGAGACAUCAUUGGAAAGGAAAGAGCUGGGUCGUGACAGUGACAGUUCACCAUUAUUGAAGGGUUUGGACUAUUUUCCAUCAGGAAGUGUGAUUGAUGGCCUGGCUGCUGCUUUGUUGAGCAAAUGCCAGAUAAAGAAUAUUAAGGGAAUGGUGUGUGUUUCAUGGCCCGAGUUUGGUGCACCAGUUGUGGAGUUAGUUAAAACUCUGAUACAGAAGAAUGUUCUCCCUAGCUUGGAGUUGUGUGUACAUGCGGAAUAUCGGAGGUGCAGCAGAACCAAGGAUCAUUAUUUUGAUUCUGAAUUAUAUACCUGAUGAACUGUAAUUUGUCAACUUUCUAUAAGUUUUUUUGAAGAUAUUGUACCCAGAAGGAUUUUGUCCCUAAUUGUUUUCAUGUGGAAUUUCAUAUGAACUCAAAAUUAUCAUUUUAA